AUCUCGAAGACUCUAGAAGAAAAUGGCGCGAUCCAAAUCCAUCAUCAUUUUCCUUUUUCAUGUACAGAUGCGUUAACUCAAAAACAUUUGGAUUCCAAAUUCCAGAAACAAUCUCUGAAUUUCGACGAGAAAUCCGUUGUUGAAUCUCUGAGAUCGGCAUUUAUCUUGUAAAGCUUUGACCAAAUCGAAGUCUUGGAGUCGAUUAAGUUGGUGAAUUUUUGUUCGAAUUGUUUCAGUUCGAUGGCUGUGGGACUGGAGGAGGAAUCGGAGAGGAAGGGCGGAGUAGCGCUGUAUUUUCCGGCAAAUGACGACGAGCCUUCGUCGGCAUCGUCUUCUACUCCUCCUAAGCUGCCUCGCAGGCUUCGCCGUCGCCUAAUGGAGUCUAAGGCGCCGUCUACUGCUGAAGAGAUUGAAGCCAAGCUCCAGAAGGCUGAUCUACGUCGUCAGGCGAAGAGGCAAAGAGCUGGGUUUUUGAUGGAGAGAAGAAGAACAUGUGAUACUGUUCAUGCUAAUAUAAAAGGGAUGCCUAAGCUGGACCCGUCGGCAGUUAUAGCGAGAUUCUGGAGGAGUUUUGUACAAAUGAGAAAAACUACAUUUGCUUUGGCAAAAGCAUAUCAAGAAUUAGAUAUUACUGCAGAAUCUGUGAAGUCAAUGGAAUUUGAGCAGCUUGCUUCUAAGAUCAAUGCAACUGCAACCAUACAAACUGUCAGAGCUUUAUUAGUUCGCAUAGAGAGCAGAUUUACAAUCUUGAAAACGAUUUCUGGAAAUAAAUUGAGCAUCGAGAAGUUAGAUCACCUUCUCAAGCGUGUUGGACUGCAUGGCAGAAGCAGUAAUCAAGUAAACAAGACAAGUAGGUCGGAGACUAUUGGCUUGAGGAAAGCUGCAAAGGUUGCCUCUAAAUUAUCUAGAUACCCUGCUAAAGUAGUGCUUUUUGCUUACAUGAUACUGGGUCAUCCGGAGACAGUUUUUAUUGGGAAGAGUGAGGUUGAAAAUGCGCUGCUGGAGUCGGCAUCAAAUUUUGUUCAGGAAUUCGAAUUGUUGAUUAAGAUUAUAUUAGAGGGUCCCUUACGAACCUUUCAUCAGGAGCAAUCUUCCACGCCACCUUCGUUUAGAUCCCAGUUGGAGAUAUUUGACAAAAGAUGGUGCUCUUACCUUCAUCACUUUGUGGUGUGGAAAGACAAGGAUGCUAUAUUUUUUGAGGAGAAUAUGAAGGGUGUUGCUCGCCAGUUGGAGCUUUUUAUGGCGCAAACUUCUAAGCUGAGAUUGGAAGGUGAUAAUGGCAAUAUCGUACAUGAUAUACAGGUCAACGAAGAGCAGAAGAUAAUGAGAGAAAAGUUACAGCAAGUUGGGACUUCAGAAAAUUCUUUAUCAGUUGCCGGGUCACGCUCCUCGGAAUUGGAUACUGACUAUUCUACAGGGUUCCGACGAGCAGAAAGUUCUAAGUCAGAGCAACAUACAAGUUCCAGUGAAAUGCUAGUCACUGAGAAUGAGUUAGUUGCAAAUGAGAUUGUCCAUGACUAUCACCAUUUCCUUACGGUCACCUCGAAUGCUCCAACUGAAGCUGAAACCAGUUUAAAGGCAAAACUGAAAGAGACAAUGGAAAAAGCAUUUUGGGAUGGCGUAAUGGAAUCUAUGGAAAAAGAUGAUCCUGAUUUCAGCUGGGUUGUCAAGGUCCUGAAAGAGGUCAGGAAUGAAUUGUGUGAGAUGUCUCCACCGUCCUGGAGAUCAGAGAUUGCUGAGAAAAUUGAUAUUGGAAUUCUAACGCAGAUUUUAAAUUCAGGGACUCUGGAUGUGGGUUACUUCAAACAACUCCUGGACUUUAGUUUAGUCACUCUACAAAAACUUUCCGCCCCAGCUAAAGAGAAAGAGAUGGAAGCAAGUUACCAGAAGCUGAUGGAAGAGUUAGGAGACGUUUCCUGUUCUGGAAAGAACUUAAAGCAUUCAUUUGCUCUCUUGAUGGUCAAAGGUUUACGCUUUGUUCUACAUCAGAUUCAGAAUCUAAAAGAAGAAAUAGCAAAUGCACAUUUAAGGAUGGUGGAACCGCUCAUCAAGGGUCCUGCUGGUUUGGAGUACCUAAGAAAUUCAUUCACUAAGCGAUGUGGAUCUCCUACUGAUGCACCUACCACUUUACCCCUUACAAGGCAAUGGCUUUCAUCUGUAUGGCCGGAUGUGGAGCUGGAGUGGAAAGAACACACUGAUUCUGUGGCUGCUGCUAUAUCAAAGAAUACAGUUCAGCCAGAGAUCCUGCCGUCUACCAUACGAACUGGAGGAAGCAGUCUGGUUCCGUCAAAGAUAAGCCUGACAUCUGGAAUAAGUGUCCAUGGCAAAGAACAGCCAGAGUGCAAGGGAGAGAGACUUGAUUUAUUAAUUAGGCUCGGACUGCUAAAGUUAGUAAAUCAAAUAACCGGGCUCAGCAGUGAUACUCUGCCAGAGACUUUCAAGCUUAAUCUAGCCAGGCUGAGGAUGGUUCAGUCUCGACUUCAGAGGAUCAUCGUCAUUUCUACCAGCUUGUUGGUCAUGCGUCAAAUUCUUCUCAACGAGAGAUUAGUCUCCAGUCCAAGUGAAGUCGAUAGUAUCUUAUCAACAUGUGGCAAGCGUCUUUGCAACCUCUUGGAUACUGUAGAAAAUGCAGGAAUACUGGAGAUCGUCGAAGCCCUCGAUAGUGUUCUAGUCGAUCGCGAUUCAGAUCCUGAAAAACUUCAAGCAAGAAAGCAGAUUAUAGCAAACAUGCUGAUAAAAAGCUUACAAGAAGGCGAUGUCAUAUACACACGGGUUUCACGUAACGUUUAUCUGGCCAUGCGGGGUGUUGUGCUUGGGGGAAGUGGUAGAAAGGGAAGGCAACUGGCGGAGGUGACUCUUUUGCCCAUCGGAGCCGGAGCCCUUACAGAAAAGGUGGUUGAGGCAGCAGAAGUUCUGGUUGUGAUGGCUGUUGUGUCUGUGAUUGUUCAUGGAGAUUGGUAUAGAGAGUUAAUUAAAAACUGGUGAGAUUUUAUUUAUUUAUUUUUAUUUGUUAAAUAGCAAUAGUUUCUUAUGCUUAAAAUAUUUGUACAUAAGUUAAAUGCAGAUCCCCACAAGCAAGUGAAAGAGGGUAUGGGAAUGUUUGUUGUGUAAUGGAGGUUGGAGUUUGCUAAGAUUUGUAUAUUUGUUUGAGUUUGAUAGGCAAACAUUAAGGGUCAAAACAA